UUAACCCACUAUUGUCUACCCGAGGCUGGCAGGCGGUGUAUGGUCGGCUCGUGGUUGUGUUGGAAGUCUCGUUCGCUUGUCAAUAAUCACAUACAACGAAUGCAUUAAUGCAAAGAGAUGGGAAUCUUGCCGUCAUGUUUCCACGACGAACUGCUGUAGCGCUGCUCGCCCUGUGUGGAUUAAUAGAGAUCGGCAACGCUCUUAAGUGUAACUGCACCGCUUGUGAAAAGACCGGUUAUGUGUGUGAGACAGAUGGGGCCUGCAUGGCCUCUACCUCCUACAUCAACGGUCAGGAAGAGCAGCAGGUGCGAAUCUGUAUCCCUCGCGUCAGCCUUGUACCACCAGGACAGCCCAUCUACUGCCUGAGCGCCAAGGGCCUGCUCAACACGCACUGCUGUUACAAAGACUUCUGCAACAGCAUCAACCUUCAAGUUCCAAACGGGAUUUCUGAAGAGAACAACUGGUCGGGCUCAGCGGGCAGCUGGGGUCCGGUUGAGCUGGUGGCUGUGAUCGCAGGACCGGUCUUCUUGUUUUGCCUCCUGCUUAUUGUGGGAGUGCUGGUUUUCCAGCACCAUCAGCGGAAUUACAACCACCGGCAGCGACUUGAUGUCGAAGAUCCAUCCUGUGAUCAUCUGUACUUGGCCAAAGACAAGACUUUACAGGACCUCAUCUUUGAUCUGUCCACCUCGGGUUCAGGCUCCGGUCUGCCCUUGUUUGUUCAGCGGACGGUAGCCAGGACAAUCGUACUGCAGGAGAUUAUAGGUAAAGGGAGGUUUGGAGAGGUUUGGAGGGGGAGAUGGAGAGGAGGAGAUGUGGCUGUUAAGAUCUUUUCAUCCAGAGAAGAGCGCUCUUGGUUCCGCGAGGCUGAGAUUUAUCAGACCAUCAUGCUCCGUCAUGAGAACAUCUUGGGCUUCAUCGCCGCUGAUAAUAAAGACAAUGGCACAUGGACGCAGCUGUGGCUGGUCUCUGACUACCAUGAACACGGCUCUUUAUUCGACUAUCUGAACCAUUACUCUGUCACAAUCGAGGGUAUGAUUAAGUUAUCGCUCUCAGCAGCCAGUGGGCUGGCACAUUUGCAUAUGGAGAUCCUGGGUACACAGGGAAAACCGGGCAUUGCUCAUCGUGACCUCAAAUCUAAAAACAUCUUGGUGAAAAAGAAUGGUACUUGUGCCAUAGCAGAUCUGGGGCUCGCUGUACGUCACGAGUCCAUCACUGAUACUAUAGACAUUGCUCCCAAUCAGAGGGUCGGCACUAAAAGAUAUAUGGCUCCAGAGGUACUAGAUGAAACGAUCAACAUGAAACAUUUUGAUUCCUUUAAGUGUGCUGAUAUAUAUGCUUUGGGACUGGUAUACUGGGAGAUAGCAAGACGGUGUAACGCUGGAGGCAUCCAUGAAGAUUACCAGCUUCCCUACUAUGAUCUGGUGCCUUCUGACCCCUCCAUAGAGGAGAUGAGGAAGGUGGUGUGUGAUCAGAGGUUACGGCCCAAUGUGCCCAACUGGUGGCAAAGCUACGAGGCACUGAGAGUCAUGGGGAAGAUCAUGAGGGAGUGUUGGUAUGCCAACGGGGCCGCCCGGCUUACGGCUCUGCGGAUUAAGAAGACUCUCUCUCAACUCAGCGUCCAGGAAGACAUUAAGAUCUGAAACGGGCGGGAUGCCGCGGAUCCUCGUAGAGACGCACAAGCACACAUAAAAGACUUUAGCCAAAAAAAAGCCUGCCAGUUUUAUCCCUUUUUUUUAACCUUUUAAAGUUGGGACGAGGCCUACCUCACCAUCUCAAAGGAAACUACUGAGCGUCAGUCGAUCCCAGCCCUUCUACGUUCCUCCGGAGGUGAAACGGCCUGUCGUCGUUCCCAGUUGAGGAUGAUCCUGUUGUCAGCACAACUUCCCUCAUAGGACCUGUUUGAUAUUUCUUUUGACAGGAAUGACAAUUGAGCAAAGGCGUUUGUGUUUUCGUUCUUUUCAUUUACCACUUCAAUGUUGCAUCCAAAAACGAUUUUGCUGCGUGAUUGUCUUGAAAGUAUGUUUGUUUUAUUUCAGUCCAUCCCUCACUGACUAAUAUAAAAUAUGUCAUAUUUAGUCAAAAAUAUAGAAAUAUAUAUAUAUAGUGCUCUACUGCUGUUGUGAGACUGUGAAAAAUGUGGGUAACACUGUUUUCUCCUGUUAUGACUAACGAUUCAUGUCCAAAGCUAAGUGUAGCAAAGACGCCACGACUGUGUGACUGUCAUACUGAAGACGUAGCAGUACUUAGUUUUUUUUUCAACAACGAAUUGCAUUAUGCUUCUGGCAGAACAUCAGUAAAUAUCAGGCUGCUACAUUUGCUUCACUCCAUCAGUGUGCAGAUCUCGGCGUGGGGUCUAUUUUUGAAAGCAAUCUCUUUCAAUGUUCACUUGUUGUGUGUUUGGCCGUUUUAAUUGUUUUGGGAAUAUUAAAAUCUGCGUUAUUGCGCAUUUGCGCUUUGAGGGCAAUGAUAGCUUGUUCAUGUUUAUUCAUUAUAUUUCCGAAUGAGGUCCAUUUUCUCACUCCUAACACUCACAGAGCUAAGGAAAAUUAUGCAGGCUUGUGUCUAAAAUAUGGACAAACACCAACUACUGGGUUUGAAUGAACCUUUGCCAAGUUGUUUGGGUCAAAUAUAGGCCUUCCUAGAAUAAUUUUCUAGGUUAAUAAAGGUAUAGUUCACCCAAUAAUGAAAUUAUUUGAUUGUUCACCCUCAUGUCAUCUCAAACACGUAUGACUUACUUUCUUUUGAAGAGUUUUUGAAAAUUGGUAACCCAAUAACUUUGGAAGCCAUUGACUUCCAUUGUAUUGACCUUUUAUCAAAUUAAUUUCUUUUGGGUUCCACAGAAAAGUCAUAAACCGGUUUUGAAGGAUAUGUGGGUGAAUAAAUGACAAAAUGUUUAUUUUUGGGUGAAUAAUUCCUUUUAUUUAACCCAGUGGUUUGUCCGUAUUUCACACUUCACCAAAAGGUGGACAUUACUGAAGAUAAUCGCUACCAUUUGUAUGUUUUUUAAGACCAUUGAACAUCAUUUUAAUGGGAACGUUACGUUUGUUGUAUUUGUAUUGGGAAGUUAGCAUGUUAAACUGCACUGUUGUUUAAUAUUUGCUCUGUGUCUAUUAGGGAUGUAGUGUAGUCAGAAAACGUCUGAAAAUCUCUUUUUGCCUGUAUUUUAACACUUCUAUUGUUAAAUUCAACUGUACUACUGAUCAUUUCCUUUAUGCCAAUACUAAUCAAUGAACCGUGUGAACUGCAACUUGAUCAUUUAGCACAUUUUUCUAAUGCCACUUGUACCGCUCCCUUCUAUCUGCAAUGUCUAGCUCACCGAUACACUCAGAAACCACAUGUUCUUAUUAUAAACUGGAUCUUAAGUGAUAGUGACUGCAAUGCGUUGUAACAAGAUGAACAUGGCAUUAAGUUUUGGAAUUAGAGUUUGCCUCAGUUUUAAAGGUGUAUAGAUUACAAAAGGGGCUGAAUGAGAGCAAGGGUUCUAUAUUAUGUGUAAUAUAUUUGAAAUAACGGUGGCUGUGUUUAUUGCAGUCCAUGUGCAGUGUGCGUUUUAUAUUGAGGUCAUAUCCCAUGAAUCUGAUCUCUGCGGUUGGAGUACUUACACUUGAAUCGAGAAUGCAUAAUACUUAACAUUACGACUGGCCCUUAUAACAUGGUGCUCUACAUCAUACACUGGGAAUCUGUCACUGUGUAAAUACAGGGAAACAUGUAGGCUUAAUCAUUAUUUAUAUUGUGCUUGCUUUUUUCCCAAAUUUGUUUUGGGAACUGUGUGUAAAAUCAUACUCUAACCUUUGGUUUAAAUAAGGGGUAAAAUUCCCUAUGGACAAUGUCGGCAAAGUAGUUACUGCCGGUUUGUGGGGGAAAUUUAGACAGUUAAAGGGAUAGUUCACCCAAAAAUGAAAAUUCUAACAUUGUUUACUCAUCCUCAUGUAUUUUUAUACCUGUAUUAAUGACUUUGUUCCAUUUAAUACAAAGAAAGAUAUUUUGAAGAAUGUUAGAAAUUCAGUUCUGGGACAUCGACAAGCAUAGUAGGGAAAAAUAAAAUGGUUGUCAUAUGUGCCCCAGAACUUUUUGUUUAUCUAAAAUGUUCAACAGAACAAAAAAAUACAAACUAUGGUAGUGAAAAUUGCUAACAUUCUUCCAAAUAUCUUUGUUUUCAACAGAAGUUUUAAACUGGUUUAAAACAACAUCAGGAUGAGUAAAUGCUGACAGAAUUUUUUCAUUUUUGGGUGAGCUGUUCCUUUCAUAUUCUUUUACAUUUAGUCCACGUUAGUACUCAUGAUGAGUUCAGACUUGGUAGUUUAUGCUUUCAAUAAGACUGCAUCCGAGUUCUUGAUCCUACGGUUUCAGGAGUACUUUUAAACAUGUUGUAAACAAAUCUACUUGUGGUUAAUAUGAUGUACAUAAAUGAUAUACAGUAAUAAAUACUUUUUUCCUA